UACAUUUGUCAAGACGCCAUUGUUAUAAACGAAUUCUUAUUACUUCGUGAUAUCUUUUUUCAUAACACAUAGAUGAUCGAUUUUGUACCGACUGAAAAAUAUCUUUUACUUUAUUAAUUACUUGAUUAUCGUGCAUAAAAUACAUUAACCAAGUUUAAACAUGGGUCUCGUUUGUUCCACAGCGCAGCUUGCCUGCCUGUGUGGCAGUACAGCGUGUAGUUUCUGUUGUUCACAAUGCCCAACUUGUCGUAACAGCACUAGCACUCGCAUUAUGUAUGCGAUGUUAUUAAUGCUUGGUACUAUAGCUGCGUGUAUUACUAUGGCGCCUGGUUUACAAGAUGCUCUUAAAAAGGUUCCAUUUUGUGCUAAUAGCACAAAUUAUGUCCCGUCUUCAUUUACCGUAGACUGCGAAUCAGCGGUUGGUUAUUUAGCUGUAUAUAGAAUAUGUUUUAUUCUUGCAUUAUACUUUUUCUUGAUGUCUGUUAUGAUGAUCAGAGUUAGAAGCUCUAAAGAUCCACGGGCACCCAUACAAAAUGGAUUUUGGGCGAUCAAAUAUCUUCUAAUAAUUGGCGGUAUAAUCGGUGCUUUCUUUAUACCUGAAAAGUCAUUCGGUUCAACCUGGAUGUAUUUUGGAAUGAUAGGAGGUUUCUUUUUCAUUAUUAUACAGUUGAUUUUAAUUGUGGACUUUGCGCAUUCUUGGGCAGAUGCCUGGGUAGGUAAUUAUGAAGACACCGAAUCAAAAAGUUGGUAUGCAGCAUUAAUGGGAGCUACUUUGUUUAAUUAUGCUGUUGCUAUUACUGGCGUUGUAUUACUUUAUGUAUAUUUCACUCAGCCUUAUGACUGCGCACUUAAUAAAUUCUUUAUUUCAUUUAAUCUUAUUUUGUGCGUCAUUAUCAGCAUAAUUUCUAUUCUUCCAAGUGUACAAAAAUAUCAGCCACAUUCUGGUUUACUUCAGCCAUCUAUAGUUUCAUUGUAUGUCGUUUAUUUAACAUGGAGCGGAAUUUCCAACAGUCCAGAUCGUACUUGCAAUCCUGGAUUCUUUGGAAUAAUCUCUAACGACAAGCAUGCUCAAAAUCGUGUUGCUUUUGAUAAGGAAAGCAUAAUUGGUCUCAUAAUAUGGUUCAGUUGUGUUUUGUAUAGUUCUCUACGUACGGCAUCAAAAUCAUCCAAGAUCACCAUGUCUGAAAAUGUUUUAGUUAAAGAUAAUGGAGCUGUUAGGAAUGCAGGAGACCAGUAUCUUAUCGACAAUGAAGAUUAUACUGCAGUAGAAGGUCGCAAUGGAGAUGCAGAAAGUGGUGAAGCUAAAGUUUGGGACAAUGAAGAAGAAACUGUGGCAUACAACUGGAGCUUCUUCCAUUUAAUGUUUGCGCUUGCCACUUUAUAUGUGAUGAUGACUCUUACUAAUUGGUAUGAGCCUAAUUCAAACUUGGAUACUCUGAAUUCUAAUGUUGCAUCAAUGUGGGUGAAAAUAAUUUCUUCGUGGUUGUGCAUGACCCUUUAUGUUUGGUCACUGGUUGCACCAAUACUCUUCCCGAAUCGAGAAUUUUCAUAAAUUUGGAGGUUUUUCUAAGGAAAGUUAACAACUAAUUAAACAGUUAAAAACCUGUAUCAUGAAUUAUGUUUAUAUUACGACUUAUUUAAUGUAAGUAUCAUUUUGCAAUGUUCUCAAAUUAUUUGCAAUAUAAUGUGUAUAAUAUUAAAGAUUUUUAUCUUUACGAAAAUAAUUUGUUUAUAUGAGUGUAGUAUACUUGCUAAAAAUAGUUUUAUGAAAUAUUAUAAUAUUUUACUAUAAGUACCAGAAAAAAUAUAAAAAAACAAAUAAAAAAUUAUACCUUACUAAA